UUUAAAGGGGCAGCAGUAGCCAAAGCCUUAGAAGUCCUAGCCACCAUGGGGCCCAAAAAAGGAAGUGGGGAGUUGCAGAGAAAAGGAGGUGGGGAAGGUGGGAAAAAGAAAGGCAAGAAGGGUGAUCCACUAUCGCCUAAACCAACAAAAGAGGUCAUCACGGAGGAGAUCCGCAAGUUUUAUCAAAUCCAGAUCCAGGACUUGGAGAAGAGGAUCGUUCAGUAUCAAAAGAAAUGGGAUGAGGUGAUGGUGAAGGAUAAACUCUUCCGGGCUAAGUUUGAGCUGGCUCAAAAUAAAAAGGAAAUUGUCUCCUUCCUCAAAUGUUCCCACCAGCGAGUGUUUGAGAUCACAGACCUCAAUGAACAGCUUCAGGGGUUGCAGAUCUCCAAGGAGAUGGAAAAGUUUGCCUUUGAGGCCCAGCUGGCCCAGGUUCGCCACGAGUUCCAGGAGACUAAAGAUCAGCUCAUCUCGGAGAAUGUCUCGCUGGGGGGAAAGCUGGCUUCCCUUGAUGAGUACCGGGUCCAGAAAGAAGAACUCAUGGCCAAAUUUGCCAUGCUGGAAGAACAACUGAAGAAGGAACACGAUGAGUACAAGGACUGGAUUUACUGCCUGGAGAAGGAUGCUGUGUUAGAAAAAGACAGACUGAAAAAGGAAAUAGUCCAGCGAGUGAACAAGGUGGCAAUCGACUUUCGCAAGGUGUCCGCUCUCCAGAUAUCAGAGACAACCAAGAAGGUAAUCCAAGAGAACAUGGCAGUGACCACAGAACUGGCCAAAGUGUCCAACCAAAGUCUACAGCUAUUCGACGAGAAUGAGGACCUGAAAGGAGUCACGAAGGAGAUAAGCAAGCAGCUGGACUUGCUGGAGAGCAACAAGAAGAUGAUGUCUAAUGAUAGAAUGAGUCGCCUCAAGCUGAUAUGGUUUCUGGCCAAAAAGUGUGAGGAACAGCAGCAGAGAAUGGAAGAAGCUGCAAAGAUAAGGGCCAUGCUGGAGCAGGUGGAGAUGGCUUUCCAGCAGUUGCAGCAGGACAACCAAGACCUGAGGAAUGACGUGGAGAAGCUACAGAUGAAGCUCAGGCACAACCAGGUGAAAGCAAAAAAACUGACUGAGGAGCUGGAAAGGGAGCAGAAGCAAAGUCACAGUGUGGAACAGGUGCUGACCCAAGCCAGAUUCCCUCGGGAUCUACUGUCGAUGCACCCUGAACCCUCUGAGGAUGGCCAGUUGGAUGUGCUCUUCCAGAUGGCGCAGAAGGAGACGCUGCACCAGCUGAUGUCCGUACUGAGCCAUGCUGUGGUCCUCGGGCCACAUGUGGCUCAGUUCAUCAGACUCCAACAAAAAGCUCAUCUUUUCACAAAGACACUGCAGCAGAGAUGUGAGAACUUCAAACCCAUCCAUCAGCUGACCAAGAGCAUGCCGUAUAGCCUGUCGGGCCUGUCAACCCACAUCCCCUUCAACCCAAAAGACAUCCAGAUAUUAUCCCAAACCACUCGUCUCAGAAAUUUCAAGGUAUCUACUGCCCCUGAGGUACUGAGAGGGGAAGCAGGAGGGAAAGGAAUGAUGGAGACAGAGAAGAGCCCUGUCAUCUGCUGGUAGGGAGCACGGAGAGAAGAAAGGGGUGGAACUAAGGAGAAUAUAGCUCAGAUAUCACCUUCCCUCAAUUUUCUUUUUUCAGGCUUCCUUUCCAAACUCCUUCAGACAGCCCAUGCUGCCUGCUAUCACCUUGAGGAAGAGACAACUCUUUUCUGCCUCCUCUGUGCUCUCAGACCCUACAGAGAAGGAAACAGAGGAGGAAGCUUCAUCCUUGGAAGACAAACCUUUAUUCCCUGGGGAGGGACAGGAGAAUAAUUAAAUGUCCCAUAAAUUUGUGAUUA